AUGCAUUUUAUUAUUAAUUUGAUUCUCUCUAUUCUUAUUCCUAUUUUGGCGGUGAUAAAAGGUUCUCUAACUCUUGACGGUGCUUUAACUGCUGGAAUUACUUUUAUGGUUCAUUUAACGGUUGGAAUAUCUCCAGCCGUAUUUAUUAUGGCAUUUUUCCUUACUUCAUCCAUUCUAACAAAAGUUGGAAUGAAUAAGAAAAGAAAGUUAGAAGAAAAGUAUGUUGAGGAAUCAAAAAGGUCAUCAAUUCAAGUUUUAUGUAAUAGUUUACUUGCAACAAUAAGUUGUAUUAUGUUGUUACUUACUGAUGCACCAAAUGGAACUAGUGCAUGUUUUGGAUUAUCUUCGUUUCAAGUUUUUUUGUAUGGAAUUAUUCCUGGAUUUUAUUCUUGUACCAAUGGGGAUACAUGGUCUUCUGAAGUUGGGAUUUUGAGUAAAACACACCCAUUCCACAUUAUUACAUUCAAACAAGUUCCUGCUGGUACUAAUGGUGGUGUGAGUUCUCUUGGACUUAUUUCUGGAUUUUGUGGGUCGCUCUUGAUUGGAUUGAUUGGGGGACUGGUAUUUUUGAUGAAUUGUCCAUUUGACAUAACUCUAUUUAUAUUGACUUCUUCUUCUAUUACAAUCAGUGGAGUAAUAGGAAAUUUAUUAGAUAGUAUUCUUGGGGGAACACUUCAAUACUCUGGUUGGGAUGAAAAACGAAAAUGUGUUGUACGUAAGUCAGGAGAUAAUGUAACAAGAAUUUCAGGGGUUGAUGUUUUAAGUAACUCAGCUAUUAAUUUUAUAACAUCCUCAAUGUCUGGUAUUAUCUGUGGAUGUCUUUUCCUCUAUAUUCGUUAUAUUUAUUAA